UUAGUUAAAUCUCAAAGAUAAUACGAAUAUCCAGUCAGUCCCAUUGUUGAAGAGCAUUAGAUCACUUCUGAACAAAAAUUUAAUUUUGGCAGCGAAUAAUAUUUUGCGGUAUAAAACGAUCAGCUAUUUUCGUUUAGAACAUCAGUUGAAGUGAUUCCCCGAAAUCAACAAAAUGAUAUGUAAAUCAUUAACAUUGGCUUUGGUUUUAGCCACGAUCGUUGAUUGCGGAUUUGCUGGUUUCAUUGGCAAGGGUUAUGGCGGUGGAUUUGGCGGCGGUUUUGGUGGGGGUUUAGGCGGUGGAUUUGGUGGCGGCUUUGAUGGUGGAUAUGGUGGUGGUUAUGGCGGUGGCUUCGCCGGUUCCCAAGCCAGUGCCGGUGCCUAUUCAGAUGGCUAUGGUGGUGGCCCAGUAGGUAUUCCAAUUGGUGUACCUUAUCCCGUUCCUGUUCCCGUUAAACACGCCGUUCCAGUUCCUGUGAAAGUGCCUGUACAUGUACCAGUACAUGUGCCAGUGCAUGUGCCAGUCCAUGUUCCCGUCGACAGACCGGUUCCUGUUAAGGUUCCAGUUCCCGUUCCAGUUGAUAGACCCGUUCCUGUCCCUGUCAAAGUUCCCGUACCAAUUCAUACACCCGUUCCUGUGGCCGUACCAGUUGCUGUUGGUUACAAAAAGGGUUACGGUGGUUAUGGUGGUCGAGGCUAUGGCGGUUAUGGCGGUCGUGGUUUUGGCGGUGGAUACGGCGGUGGUUUCUCCAAGAGCUAUGCUUCCGCUUCGAGCUACGGUUCCGGUUACGGAGGAGGAUUUGUGAAAACUAAGUAAAUUUAAUAGA